UAUAUUACACACCACAAGAUCACUGCACACAACUCAACAGCGUUUGGCUCCUUUGCCACCUCUACCUGAGAAAGGAGGAGAAGUACGUCAUGGGUUGAUCCCUGAGGAGUUUUUCCAGUUUCUCUAUCCUAAAACAGGAGUUACAGGGCCUUACAUGCUGGGCACGGGGCUGCUGCUCUACCUGCUCUCCAAGGAGAUCUACGUGAUCAACCACGAGACAGUUGCUGCUCUCUGUAUUCUCUCAGUCAUCAUCUAUGGUGUCAAGAAAUUCGGGGCUAACGUCGCAGCUUUUGCUGACAAGCUGAAUGAGGAGAAGAUGGCCAAUGCUCUGGCUGUGAAGAACACAGCUAUCAAGGAUCUGGAGACUGCCAUUGAGCAGGAGAAGAAGGAGCAGUGGCGGGUGGAGGGGCGCAGUUACCUCUUCGACGCCAAGCGGAACAAUGUUGCAAUGUUGCUGGAGGCUAAUUAUCGGGAAAGGUUAAUGAUGGUGUACACCGAGGUGAAGAAGAGGCUGGACUACCAAGUGGCCAUGCAGAAUUUGAGGCGUCAGAAAGAACAAGAUCACAUGAUUCAGUGGGUGGAGAAAAACGUCAUUCAGAGCAUCACACCUCAGCAGCAGAAGGACAGCAUCGCAAAGUGCAUCAUGGACCUGAAGGCGCUGUCGCGGAGCGCGCAGGCAACAGCCUGA